CCUCCGCUUUAUCUCUCUCCCUCUCUUUUAAAAUCCCUUCUCUCCAGAAAGGAAAACAGAAAAAUCAACUCUGUCAAGCAUUUCGUCGAACGGGUCAUCUUCAGAGAAUCCUGUGAAUUUUAAUUUAACUUCCCUGCCGAUUUUCGCCGGAAAAUAUCACCGGCCACCGUUUUGUUAACUAUUGGUGGGAGAUUUUGAUUAUGAAAAAGCGGUUUUUGACGCGAGAACGGUGGUUUGUUUUGUGGGUUUUGGUAUUUUCUUAUGUACAAGAAGAUAAGAGAGGCGUGCAUGGUGAAACGGCGGCGUUUCCGCGGUUUGUUUGAUCGGAGAUGUCUACGUGAGGAAACGGUGUUGUGGUUAGUUUUAUUCGACCGUGCAACCGUUGGGGACGCGUAGAUAGAGAAAUCGAUAAGGAUAGGUAGAUAUCUGUGUAUAUAGAGAUUAGAUAUUGAGGGAGAUGGGGAAGUUGGCGUUGGGUGUGGCGGUGGGAGUCGCGGUGGCGGCCUGUUCUGUGGCGGCAGUGGUGGUGGGAAGAAGGGUGAGGAGCAGGAGGAAGUGGAAGAGGGUGGUUGGGGUGUUGAGGGAAUUGGAGGAGGCAUGUGAGACCCCUGUGGCGCGGCUAAGGCAGAUUGUUGACGCGAUGGCGGUGGAGAUGCAUGCUGGUUUGGCAUCUGAAGGAGGGUCCAAGCUCAGAAUGUUGCUCACUUUUGUUGAUAAACUACCAAACGGGAGUGAGAGAGGAACUUAUUAUGCUCUAGAUCUUGGGGGUACAAAUUUUAGGGUGUUACGGGUUAAGCUAGGAGGUCAAAGGUCCUCUAUCUUGGCUCAAGAUGUGGACACAAAACCUAUUCCCGAACAUUUGAUGACUGGCACAAGUGAGGAGCUCUUUGAUUUUUUAGCUUCAUCACUACAGCAGUUUGUCGAAGCAGAAGGAAAUGGUUCUGAGCCUUCUCAUGUUAGAAGAAGGCAACUUGGAUUUACAUUCUCCUUUCCAGUGAAACAAACAUCUAUUUCAUCUGGGAUUUUAUUGAAAUGGACGAAAGGGUUUGCAAUUGAAGAAACUGUUGGAAAAGAUGUUGCUGAAUGUCUGCAGCAGGCAUUGGACAGGAAAGGCGUAGAUAUGCAAAUUGCAGUGUUAGUUAAUGAUACAGUAGGAACACUAGCUCUUGGACAUUAUCAUGAUGAAGACACAGUUGCCGCAGUGAUUAUUGGAACUGGUAGUAAUGCCUGCUAUUUGGAGAGAACAGAUGCAAUUAUUAAGUGUCAAGGACUACUUACUUCAUCUGGAUUCAUGGUUGUCAACAUGGAAUGGGGAAAUUUUUGGUCAUCUCAUCUGCCAAGAACAUCAUAUGACAUUGAUUUAGAUGCAGAAAGUCCUAAUCCUAAUGAUAUGGGGUUUGAAAAAAUGGUAUCUGGAAUGUAUUUGGGUGAACUUGUCAGGAGAGUGAUUCUUAGGAUGGCAGAAGAGUCAGAAAUCUUUGGACCUGUUUCAUCCAAGUUAUUAAUGCCUUUUGUUUUGAGGACACCUUCAAUGGCUGCCAUGCAUGAGGAUGAUUCCUCUGAUUUAUCAGUCGUCGCAAAAAUCUUAAAAGAUAUUUUAGAGAUGCCAGAUGUCCCCUUAAAGGCCAGGAAACUGGUUGUUAAGUUAUGUGAUGUGGUUACUCGAAGGGCUGCCAGAUUGGCUGCUGCCGGAGUUGCAGGAAUCUUGAAGAAGGUAGGCCGGGAUGGUAGUGGUGGCAUUACGGCCGGAAGAAGUAGGAGUGAUACAAAGAUGAGAAGAACGGUUGUCGCGAUUGAGGGGGGUUUGUAUAAGAGUUACAAAGUAUUCCGGGAAUACUUGCAUGAAGCCUUGAUUGAAAUCUUAGGGGAAGAUGUUGCACAACAUAUCAGUCUAAAGGCAACACGAGAUGGAUCAGGCAUUGGUGCGGCACUGCUUGCUGCCUCACGUUCAGCUUAUACUGUGGAUAAGGUACAGAUAUAAGUAUAUAUAUGUUAUUUAUAUACACAUAUAUAGCCCCCUUCCCCCCCCCCCCCCACUGUAAAUGCAGAAUCCAGUUCCAACAUAUAUAUAUAUAUAUAUCCCAUUUGGGUAAAAGGAUAGAUAUGUGAAAAGGGUCUUUCUCAUAUUUCUUUCCAAAGUUUCCUUCAAAUGUAUUUUUAUGAUUAAUUUCUCUCUUUUGUUCCAGUUCGUUGUAUAUGGCUGACGAGAAUGUUCUGUUAAAAAAAAAAAAAAAAAAAAUUGAUAAGGAGAAUGUGGAAAGGAUUCAAUAUUUGUUUACUAUGAGAAA